GUACGAAGGUGCACUUAUUUUGAAAAGCUGGCACCGGAAGUGUCACUAUUGUUCUAGAAGGAGAAACACAGGUGUCAAACAACCGUCUCCCAGCGACUCCCACUUGCCUAUAAAACUUAUAUUUCGGGACAAAGACUCUUUUUUUUCUCGGUCUCCACCUCGUCGGUUGGGAUACUCCGCCGGUUGGUGAACACGGUUAACCGUUAAAAGCCGUUAAAAGCCGUUAGAAGGCGUCAUGGCGUCGCCCCUGCAGAUGACAGAGAUGUACGACAACGCUCUGCUCGGGAUCCUGCAGCACGUCGGGAACAUCCAGGACUUCCUCCAGGUCUACUUCGGGUUCCUGUACCGCAAGACGGACUUUUAUCGGCUGCUGUCGGGUCCCACCGAGAAGAUGGGCUUCCCCCCCGGCGUGGCGGAGAAGAUGGUGUUUAAGACGUUUAAGCUGUUUGAGAAGCUGGCGGAGCACGACAGAGAGAGGCUGCAGAGCGAGCUGCAGAAGAGAGAGGAGAGUCUGUGUGCUCCUCCGGCGGUUCAGGAGCUGGAGAUCCGCGACCAGCCCCCGGACGAGAGGGAGGAGCCGAGUCCAGAGGAGAGCUGUCCCGGGGAGGGUCCUGCUCCUCCUCCUUCCUCCUCUGGAGCGACCGCUGACCCCCCCCCCGGCCGUGGCGGUCCGGGCCCGGUAGCUCGGGGAGACCGGGAGGCUGCAGCCAGCGCGACCCCAACAGAACUGACUCAGGAGAAGUUCCAGUCGGACCCGGACAGUUACAACGGGGCUGUGAGGGACAACUAUAGCUGGUCCCAGGACUACACGGACGUGGAGGUCCGAGUGUUUGUGCCCAAGACGGUUGUUAAAGGCCGACAGGUCAGAGUCAGUCUGCAGACCGGCAGCUUGCAGGUGUGUGUGAGGGAGGGGGCCGAGGAGAAGACACUGAUGGAGGGACAGUUCACCCACAAGAUCAACACUGAGAACUCCCUGUGGAGUCUGGAGCCUGGACACUGCGUGGUCCUGUCGCUCAGCAAGACCUCGGAGGUUUGGUGGAACGCGGUGCUGAAAGGAGAAACGGAGAUCGAUAUCGACAAAAUUAACCGCGAACGCUCCAUGGCAACGGUCGACGAGGAGGAACACGCCGUUCUGGACCGACUCUCCUUCGACUACCAUCAGAAGCUGCAGGGGAAACCCCAGAGUCACGAAAUGAAAGUGCACGACAUGCUGAAGAAGGGCUGGGACGCUGAAGGCUCGCCCUUCAAGGGGCAGCAGUUCGACCCCUCCAUGUUCGACAUCCCGCCCAGCGCCGUGCAGUUCUGAGGCGCCGACGCAACUCGCCCAAAUACGAACUGAAUCCCGGUUUGUUUACAGAGCCGCUUGCAGGGAAGUCAACCGGUCUGGCGGUCUGUCGUGUUGGACUUUAAGUACAAGAGCCGAACUGAAGCUGGUUUUGUGCGGAGUGUGAACACGGAUGAGGACAGAUGUCAUUCUGUCACAUUUUAUGAUGUUUUGUUAGUAAGAAAUCUGAUAAAUGUGUUCUUUGUUAACUGUUUUGCUCUUUA